AUGACCGCCGUCGCGCCGCCGUCCAAGAGCGAUAUCCUCAUCUACGCCGAGCUGCUCACCAAUAUCCGACAUAUCACCAUCAAAGCAUGUCUCCCCUCGCCUGCCGACCAUACCACCACGGCUGAAAUCUUUGACGAGGGACACAAAUUUCGCAUCAACCACAAUGGAGUCACGGCCGAGGCUGUUCUUCCCGCGACCGCACCUGUGAAAGGGGCGCUACCGGUAUCACAGAAAGGAUCCAUUGAACUCACCUGGAGACUUCCUUUGCAACCUGUCCACGCGCCGGAGAGGCAGUUCCUUCCUGAGAACCAGCCAUUGCCUUGGUCGGCGUCAGACGUCAAGCCUGGAUCCUCCGUCUCGUGCCGAGCGUGCAACCAAGUUUUCCUACGAAAUGGAGUAAUUCGGAUCUGGAAAGAUUUGCCCAGUGAAAAUUGGGCGGAGAUGAUGGAGUUUUGGCAUUGCCAUAAACCUGUUGAACACGAUAAGCCGGAAGAGAGCGACCUACAGCGUCGCGGCUAUGGGGCGGCCAGUGCCAUCACAGCCCAGCCUGGAGUAGGAUUCGUCGACAUCACAUCGUUUCUCUUCGCCGAGUUAGAUUGCAGCUCAAUAAAAUUUGCUUCCCCAAAAUCAUCUGAAAAAUUUGAUAGAAGCGAAAGCGCAAUUCAAGCUACCAACGAGGAAAAAUUCCUCAACGUAAACUGCAGCAAUUGCGCCUCGAAUGUCGGCACAUUCAGUGUCCUUGCAUUCACAGUCGCCUUCUUCAAAUGGCAAAUCGCUUGCGAGGUAUCGCCGGUCCAAGAAGCUCCUUCAAGUUCUGAAUGCCUUGUCGCCACACUUCUUUCUACUAUAGCUCGAUCCGGAUCCUCCAAGUCGGUUGUCAUGCCACGAAAUAUGUCUUCGGCAGACGAAUCAUCGCAUCACUUACAGCUGUGGGUGCUCAACAACCACAUCAUCUUUACCAGCAACCAGAUCAGUACUCCUACAUCUGCGGUCAAGGUGCUAUUCAAGGAGAUUGGGGAAAAGGAGGCUCUUGACUUGGUGGAAUCUUUGUCAAACGACGUCCAGGAUAUCAACUUCCCAGCGCCAGCAAUACAAGUGGCGCGCGAGACUUUGAAAAGCAGCCAAGACAUGCUGCCUUUAUCCGAGCGGUCAUUCCAGGAAUGGCAAGUUGGUCUGCUCGAAAGAUGGGUGCCCCAGCGAGCCUGA